CGGGCGCUUCUGCUUUGGAUUCGUCGAAAUCGAAGAACAUUGGUGACAGACCCAGAACAGCACAGAAAAGAGAGCGAGCGCGCGAGAGAGCUUAAUGGCGCUCCAGUGGUUAAUACUUGAAUACGUGGUGGCGGCGGAGGCGGCCAUCGCUGUACUUCUAACCCUGCCAUGGCCCAAGACGAUCAGGUCCCGGAUCGUUGCCCUAAUUUCCAAGCUACUGCAGCCCUUCGCCAGCCUUAUUCCCUUCGCCGUCUUCAACCUCUUAGAUCUUUACUGGAAGAAUGAGCACCGGUUAAAGUGUUCGUCUGAGGUGUGCACCGAAGAGGAAAGAGUCCACUAUGAAAGAUCCGUUUAUAAAGCUCAAAGGAAUGUCAUUUUAUGUGUUUCAGUAUGUUUCCUUUAUUGGUGCAUGCAUCAUAUUUGCAAGUAUCACAAGCAAAUUAAGCAACUAGAAGAUGUUGAGAAGAAAGCCAAGGACCUCUGACUUCCAUCAUCGAGGACACGU